GCGGCCCAGAUGUGGAAGCUCCACCCGCAGAUUGCUUCCACUGGGCCAUGAUUUCCGCACGCCGGAUGACCAAGGAGGGCGUUCCACGUUGCUUUCAGUUGCAGCUUGCGUCGUAGCAAUGCGACGUGCCACGCCGGAGGUUUGGCCCGCUUGGCAAUCGCGGAAUCCCGCAGCGGGCGCCGACUGCUUCUGCGACGAGGCCAACAAGCCAGGGGAGAUGGACACAAUCGACGGAGAGGAAAUCGUUUGGGCCAGCCACGCCGGAAGUAUGGCCAGCUUGGAAAUCGCAGAAUGCUGCGACCUUGCUUAA